AAAGAAAUUAAGGUGGCACGCACACUAUUUGUGAUAGUGGUGUUUUUUAGUCUUUGUUGGACUCCAGUUUUGUUAAUUGACAUCGUGGACACGAUUCUUGGGAGAUGGACUUUCCCUCGCGAGGCGUACGUAGCGUACACUUUUUUGGCCAAUAUCAGCAGUGCGUUGAAUCCCUUGAUAUACGGUGUGCUUAACAAGAACUUCCGUAAUGAUUAUAUUAAGGUGUUAAGCUGCAGAUACUGCUGUUCUCAAGCUGCUGUAGAACCAAACGCGGGGCUGUCAGGAAGUGCAAAUGUUUUGGAGAUAAAGCCAUUGCGCGUGCCUAAUGUAGAAAGAAAACCUGGUUUACUAACUAAAAACAAACGC